UUUGUGAAGGAGGGGGCGAUGCUUGAUCCUAUUGCUUAGUAGGCUUUGAGUAUGAGAUGGCACCUUACCGGUUACAUUUUAGCAGGGCCCAAGAUUGGGCCCGAGAUAAACUAGGAAACAAUCAAAUUCUCUUUUUCAUUUUUGGCCGUCCAAUUGGAUUCGCGUCGUGAUGUCGAAUCUGCCGGAACCCGAAUCCGCACCGGCGAACUUCGACAGCGACGGCCAGGCCUCAACUCUCUCCGAUGAGGAGAAAGUUGUUUUCCUUCUGUCUGAGAUUGAAGAGGGAGAGUAUGAAGUGCAACAGCUUAGAACCGAACUCAGUGAAAAAGAGCAUUCAAUGCAGUUGCUUUGCUCCCAUUUGAGUGAAAUGGAGCAGAAAAAUGACAAUCUUAUCAAGCAAUUAGAGAAGCUUCAUCAAAGAAUUGGUACAUCAAAUUGUAGUGAUGCCAUUGAGGAGCUGACAAUAAAGCUCAAAUUAUUGAAGGUUCUUGAAAAUGAAGAAUCUGAUUUGCAAUCUGUUUAUGGGAAAAAGUGUGCUGACUUGCAGUCAGAGAUGGAGCAUGAGAAGUUAUUACCUCUUAGUGAAGGAUGCCAUGAUUCAGUCAAUUCUUCCCCCUCUCUAAGUGACUUAUUGGAUAGACUGCAUUUAGCAAAGAAGGAACUUGGAGCUAAACUACAGGCAGUAUUGUCACUGAAGCGGCAAUAUGAUGCUGUGCCAGCUCAAACAGAACUUAUCCAGUAUGAACGGCGGGUCUCAGAACUUUAUAGCCAAAUCCAGGAAAAGCAUCGCCAGACUCGUAAACAUUAUGAUACCUACAAUGCUCUGUUGGAUAUAAAAGAUCUAAUGCUAAAAGAAACUUCGCUAUUGAACUCAAUAGAUUCACAGUUUCAAGAUGCCAUGAGCAGCACCAUUGGUCGCUCUAAACUUGUGGAUUCAAUGGAGGUCAUUGUUAAAGGCUCUAAACAGAAACUAGAAAAGGCGCAGCUUGCUCUUCUUGCUGAACAAAGAAUUUGCAACUCUCUGAAAGAGAAGCAUGCUUCAGCAGUAGGAGAACAACGCUAUUUCUCUUCUCUCCUGAAGGCUUUCCAAGAAGAGUGCACGAGAAAUGAGAAACUCCGAAAACUUUCCUCCGUAUAGCUAGUAGUUCUUCAGCUGCCAAUAAUGUCAGAGGUUUGGAAAUAUAACUUAAGGAUACAAACUGGCGAUGCAUCCAUCUAUUGAGCUUAGGUCCUUCUCUAGAAGCAGUGCUGAGGUCCCGUGGCAUGCCUGUAAGUCAAUCAUGCAGUCAUUAUACAGCUGAAAGCAUAGACUCCAGAUCAAAGAGUGAGCAAUGAUCAACUGCCUAGUCCUGCGAAAAGGAUGUAUCCUUUCCCACUUCUCGAGAGUAUUAAACAUUUUCUGUACCAGUGCAUGAUUAAUUACAUCAGUGCGCUCAUUUCGAUCUUAAUAAUUCAAGACAUGAACACAAUAUGAUCUGGCAAUUGGGCCCAGUGAGGAUAUUAUUGUGAUCUGUGGAGUCCCAUUCUAUCAACGACAAUGAUUUCUGAAGUGCUGGCAACUUGUUUCAUUCGUAGCUUUGUGAUGAUGUCCAAUGGCAGCAGUCGUUGCAGGCAAUUGAUCAGACUAUUGGUGGAAAUUGUGUGGCUGGCUGAUUUGUAUGCAGAGGAAUGAGCAUGGGAUUGAAGAACAAUUCUGACAUAACAUGUGGCUUGUUUUUAAGUCUGAACAAGAGAAGCAACUAAUGUAGAAGAUCAGAUUUGUAUAAUAGCACUCACUGGUCUGUUACAAACAAAGAUUAUGACGUUUGUUAGACAAAAAUAUAGUCCUUAACCCUCAUCAAACUUCAGAGCUCUGGUGUAAUGAGUUGGAUUAUUAACAUGGAAGCAGAGCAGUCUAGGUUCAAUUCCUGUUGGCCACAAAUUUAAAGCAUAUUUUAAAAUAAUUGAUAUCGUAGCUUGAGUUUGGAUUUAUAAGAAAAAACCCUCAAUGUGUGGGGUGACAUACGUUGAAUUAUCAAAAUAUAAUCCUUACCACACCAUAACUUUGAA